GCAGAGUCCCAAGAGGGGAAUGGCACGUGGCUGCCCCGGGACAGACGGGUGGCCCUCCUUCCAGAUAACGCUGUGCACACAAAGAAUUUAAGUGGGAUCAAGAGGAGGCUGAAAACUAUUUGGAUGAGAGGUUCCCUGAGUGCCGGCUCAGGAAACUCCUGGAGCUGAAAAUAGUUACAUUUCUCAGAGAGAAGGAACCUUAUCCCAGGGCACGCUCUUUAGUUCCUCCUACGCCUUGAUUCAACUGAUGGACGACCGUUGUGAAAUUUUUCUGUUGCGUGGGGGACAGCGUGGAAAUAACAGCACUGAAGCUUGGGGUAACUGGAUUCAAGGUUAGUAAUAGUAGAGGCAAAUGCCAAACUCAUUUAGUGCCUGAUAUAGCACUGAGAGGAAUCCCGGCAAAAAAUAGCCACUGAUCUCAGAGGCAUUGGCUUCAGCCCGAAGGGGUUGCGAGAAAGAUACCUAAGUGAUUUUUUUUUUCUAAGCUAUAGAUCUCCGCGGAUGGGAACUGCUCGGGAUAAAGGAUCCAUUGAUUCAUGUGUCACUGGUGACUUCCAUUUAACAGUGACUCUUAUAACUACUUGAGAAGCAGCCAGCAGCAGGUCUUCUGAGCUUUGAGUCUCAUAGUCAUAGUGAGCUUCUAACCUGAUGAACCGAGUGCUCUGGGUAGGAAAGCGAUUUCAGCGCCUGGAACUAGGGAGAGCCAGCGCCGUGUGACCGCGGUGCUCGCGGUAUGCCAUGGGCUCAGCCACCUUGCAGACACCCUGAGUCCUUGAAAGAUAAAGGAAGGAGGCACCGGUUGCAUGGGAGAACAGCUAAGAAAGGAAGGCAGAUCAUAACAAAACAAGUCUCCAUCAAAACAGCUGCUUACGGCAUUGUCGGAUAAAUCAUUAACACAAGGUCCCAGUGCUAGCAAAGACUGUUCGGGAAAAGUCACUCCCCUGAAACUCCCUUUUUCCAGGAGGGACAGGAGGUGCUGAUUGGGACUUCAUCCAGCUUACAUGAGCCGCAGUGGGAGGACAAGGGGACGACAGUCCUUUUGAUAACCAGAUACUGUCUCCUUAAUGAAGCAGAUCUGCUGCAGAUGGAGGGAGAGUUUGAGUUACGGGGCCCAGGCUAACGUCCCAUGUCAGAACUGGGAAAGCUCGAGCGUGCGCCCGUGCCUCUGCCCAUCGCCUUGCCUGCCUGGCGAAAUGGGAAAGAAGAAUGCAAGCACGAAUAUGAAGUGAAGCAUUUCCUAUGCUUGCCACGCCGCCCGCGUGUUCGAGGUGGGGACUCGUCGUUGGCCAAACAGGUUCCUCUGACAAGAUGAAAAAGCCACGGAGGAGCUUUCCGCUGCACUGGUAUCGCAGGGACUGCUACUCAAUUUAAAAUCCAUGCCAGACUGUGCUCGGGUUGCCUGACGCCAUGAAAGAAGUGAUGUCGUGGUCGCCUGAGGAGGUGACGAAUUGGCUAACGGAGAAUGCUGUGCCCGAGUAUUGUGAGCCACUGAAGAGCUUCACCGGGCAGGAUUUGAUCAAUCUAACGGAGGAGGAUUUUAAGAAGUCGCCUCUGUCCCGGGUGUCUUCCGACAGCGGGCAGCGCUUAUUGCACAUGAUUGAGACUCUGAAAAUGUCUCACCACAUCGAGGCUCACAAAAACGGGCACAUCAAUGGGCACAUCCUUGUCAGCAUGAAUGACGCCGCACGUGAAAACGGCUUCAGCGGUAAAACGAAACUGAACGGGAUGCCAAAUGGGUAUAAGAAGGAGAUGAUAAAGAUCCCCAUGCCAGAGCCGGAGCGCUCACAGUAUCCCAUGGAGUGGGGGAAGACUUUCGUGGCUUUUAUUUAUGCACUUUCUUGUUUCAUAUUUACCACAGUGACUAUCUCAGUCGUUCACGAACGAGUGCCUCCCAAGGAGGUGCAGCCUCCCCUACCAGAUGCAUUUUUUGAUCGCUUUGAUCGGGUGCAAUGGGCCUUUUCUAUUUGUGAAAUUAAUGGCAUGAUCCUUGUGGGACUGUGGUUUGUUCAGUGGCUGCUCUUAAAAUACAAGUCUAUUAUUAGCAGAAGAUUCUUCUGUAUAGUUGGCACACUAUACCUGUAUCGGUGUAUUACAAUGUAUGUAACUACACUCCCAGUACCUGGCAUGCAUUUCAACUGUUCUCCAAAGCUUUUUGGAGACUGGGAAUCUCAUAUGCGAAGGAUAAUGAAGUUGAUUGCUGGCGGAGGAUUGUCCAUCACAGGAUCCCACAACAUGUGUGGUGACUAUCUAUACAGCGGUCACACUGUCAUAUUAACACUUACAUACUUAUUUAUCAAAGAGUAUUCUCCACGGCGACUCUGGUGGUAUCACUGGCUUUGCUGGACGCUCAGCAUGGUUGGGAUGUUCUGCAUCCUCCUUGCUCAUGACCACUACACUGUGGACGUGGUGGUGGCUUACUACAUCACUACACGACUUUUCUGGUGGUAUCAUACAAUGGCCAACCAGCAAGUGCUAAAAGAAGCUUCCCAAACUAACCUCCUUGCAAGGGUCUGGUGGUACAAGCCCUUCCAGUACUUUGAAAAGAACGUCCAAGGAAUUGUACCUCGCUCCUACCACUGGCACUUCCCCUGGCCAGUGCUCCACCGGGGUAGGCAAGCUAAAUACAGCAGACUGGUGAAUGACACAUAACAGCGUGUUGAAAAGACAAAAUGGGGGGAAAGGACCUGUCCCAAGUGCUAAGAACUCCAUACAAGAAGAUGCCAUAAAAAAUGAACUGCUCCCUAACCCUUUCUUUUAACAGUUACCUUGACUUAACCUGUUCAGUUACCUGGUAAGCACUGUGAUCUUUUUUUCUCUCCAAAGGAUCUGCGUUGGACAACAAUAAAGAAAAUUUAACUUAUCAUGCACUGUUAUACAUUUCUUGUUAAUAGAUUUGGGAUUUGCAUUACCCAUCACCAUGUUCCUUUGUAUAUGAUGCGACAGCAUAGAUGAAAGCUUUUAUAUCAUAAGUUCUGGUCUUUCCAGUCACGUCUGGGAAUAAAGCAUAUUAUUUUCUUGGGAAAACAUACUUUUCAUAUCUCUUGCCCCAAAGAUUGGGCUGUAAGCCAUUUUCUAGCAAAUGACUAUAUGAAGGUUUCUAAAUACCUGCCUUGGGUAAAACUGAGAAAUCUUUCUACCUGUUGCACCGAGAUAAAAUAAGAUGAUAGACACAGGAAGGUCUGGUAGUCUCGAUUUUGUAGAAUCUGCAGUGACUGUGUCAAAAAGUGCAAAAAAAAAAAAAAGAAAAAAGAAAAAAAAAGAAAAAAGAAAAAAAAGAA